AAUAACCUUCUCUUUUAAAUCUUACAUGUAAAUAAUCAAAAUUUUGAAGGUAUUUAUGUAAAAAAUGAGUUACUUGCCAAGUUCAAAUAUGGGAGGAGUUUAGAUUUACAAAUUUGGGAUCAUUUCAUCCAUUUUAAAUCAAUUAGUUCUUAAGAAAUGGUCUAUUCUCUAUCUCCCCAUCUCUUCCCUCCUCCCCCCUCCCCUCUUUUCCACCAAUCAAAUUGAAAACCUUUUGUAUUUUGUUCAAAUAUGUUCUUUAUAAGAGCCUUGAAUGAAAGUGGUGAGAAUUUUGCUCCUAAUUGAAAUGGGUAUAUCCAUGUGCACCAACGGAAGUCAUCUAAGGGAUGUAGUGUUGAUACCCCUAGGUAAAGAAGAAGGGUGAAGGAUUAUACACAUUGAAAUGUAUGAGUUCAAGAUGUUGAAAGAUGGAAUUAGUUGAAUUUGGAAAGGGCAAUUUGUGACUUUUCCCAUAUUUACAUGCAUAAGAAAAAACAAUCUUUUGUAGAAACUUUGAAGUUGCAACCUGUCAACACUUUAAUACCAAACAUCUAUAGAAUCAAAUUCUAAAACAAAACCUAGACUAGGAAAUAGAAAUGAGAAACAAUUGUUGAAGACUCAAACUUGGAUUGAGGAGUUAGUUGAACCUUGACAUAAAAACAGAUUGAUGAGGACUUGUCAAUGAAAUUGGUGAGGUCAAAAGUAUAAUGACCACCUUAAGUUUCCCUUUUUAAGUAAAGUCUCCUUGUGCACUUGUCUACAUUCAAAUAGUGCAUUGUUAUCAAAAAUAAAUCUAGCUAUAGUAUUUAGAUUUUUGGUGAUUUCAGGCACAAGCAAGAUUUGGUUAAAAUGUAGAACACAAUUAUGAGUAAGCAAAGAGCUAGAACUAGUAUGGUAAAUAUGCAAACCUAUUAUUACACAUGCAUGAUUUGGUUAAAAUGUAGAACACAAUUAUGAGCAAGCAAAGAAGUAGAACUAGUAUGACAAAUAUAUAUAUAUAUAUAUAUUUAUGAAUAAAUAGCAAUAUAUUAAAAAAGAAAAAGGCACAUCAAGGAAGCGCCCCAAAGUAUAUAAGUGGUAUACAAAAGAGAUUAAAGAACCCCUCAAACAGAGCCUAACCAAUCUAUAAAAUCCACAAAGGAAGGGAGACCAAAGUAAAAAAAAAAACCCCUUAGCCCACGCCCAAAGAUUACAAAGGAAAAAAGAUUUACACCCUUGAACCAAAUGCCCCUCAUUUUCAAAAGCCUUAUUGUUUCUUUCCUUUCAAACUAUCCAAAAAAGACACAAGGGAGCUAAAAGCCACACUUUCUUCCUCUUCUUUCUCACACAAGACCCAAGCCACCCUAAUCACUCCUCUCUAACUGAAUAUGGGAGCACCCAUGACACCCCCAAAAGGGAAAAUAGUAAGUUCCAUAAACUUUUUGCCAGCUCACAAUGCAAAAGGAUGUGAUCAAUAGACUCUUUCUCUGAAAGACACAAAUAACAUCUGUUAGCCAAAGGGAACCGUCUCAUCUGAAUAUGAUCCAAAGUUAAAAACUUUUUCCACAUAGCCUCCCAAGCAAAAAAAAGUCACCCUCGGAGGCACCAAAGAGUUCCAAAUUACUCUUGCAGGAAAAUCCCCUAGUAUUUUCGAUUCCAAAGUCUUAUAAAGAGACUUGAUAGAAAAUCUUUCAUCCUUUGCCUUUGUCCAAACUACUUUAUUUUCCACAUCACUAUAUGCCCUCCUCCUUGCAACCUUAAGAGAAAGCGCUCCACAUUGAACACUUCCCAAUCGUAAGCUGCCUAGAGAACCUAGGAGCCUACACUCCUUCUUUAGAGUGGCUCUACACAUCCUCCACCCCAGCCUCCUUAGCCAAGGAAAUAGUAAAUAAGAAAGGAAAAGAAAUACACAAAGGAUCAUUUCCAUACCACUUGUCCUUCCAAAAUCUAACCCUCCUACCAUCUCCCACAUGAUAAACCAUAUUGUUGCCUAUCACAUCCCAAACUCUCCUAAUAGCUUUCCACAAACCAACCCCAAAACUACCUCUCACAUCACAAAACCGCCAACCGCCCGCUUCUUCCUCAUACUUCCUACAAAUAACUUGCCUCCACAAAGCCUCCCUUUCCACCGCAAAACACCAAUUCCAUUUGCAUAAAAGAGCCUUAUUUAACAACGCCAAAUUCCUCACACCCAAACCACCAUCUUGUUUAUCUGAGCAAACAAUUGACUAAUCUACUAAAUGAGGCUUCUUUUUCAGGGUCCCACCACCCUAAAGAAAAUCCCUUUGGAUCUACUCCAAUCUCAAACUUACACUCCUUGGCAUAUAAAACAGGGACAUACAUUAGAUAGGCAUAUUGGACAGAGUGCUCCGGAUUAAAGUCAGUCUACCUUAUUUGGAGAUAUAUUGCCUUUUCCAAAUGGAAAGUCUUUUCCUCAGCCUUUCCUCAACCCUAUCCCAAAUUGCCGCAUCCUUAAAACGAGCACCAAAAGGAAGACCCAAGUAAGAAGACAGGAGCGUGCUAAACUUGCAACCAAACUCAAGAGCCAACUCCUUUACAUUCUCCACUUUUCCCUUCGCAAUGAGCUCACUUUUGUCCAAAUUCACCCUUAACCCCAACAUGGCUUCAAACCACAUAAGAAGUCAACUCAAAUAGGACACCUGAUAAAGAAAAGGCUCACAAAAGACUAAAGUGUCAUAUGCGAACAGCAAGUGAGAGAUCUCCACUCCUGCACCACCUUUACCAUUAAACUGCCACCCCGACAAAAACCCUCCCUUCCUCGCUCUCUUCAAUAAGCAACUGAGAGCCUCCAUGACAAUCACAAAAAGGUAAGGGGAUAAAGGAUCCCCUUGUCUCAAGCCCUAAGAACUUUGGAAGAAACUGGAAGGGGUUCCAUUAAUAAGGACGGAGAAACUAAUAGUACCUAUACACCAUUGGAUCCAAUUGAUCCAGUUAGCUCCAAAACCCAUCAUUUCCAACAACCAAAGAAGAAAUCUCCAGUUUACAUGGUCGUACGCCUUCUCAAUAUCCAACUUACAAAGGAUGCCACCAUCCCUGCCUUUUUGCAUCAAAUCAAUAGCCUCAUUCGCAAUCAACGAAGCAUCUAGGAUUUGUUUUCCCUUCACAAAAGCAUUUAGGGACUUGGAACUAUCUUUCCCACCACCUUUUUAAGCCUAUUAGCUAGCACCUUUGCUAACAACUUGUAAAGGUUGCCCACCAAGCUUAUAGGCCUAAAGUCCUUGAGAUCUUCAACUCCCCCUUUCUUAGGAAUUAAAACCAAAAAAGAGGCAUUAAUGCUCUUGACAAACCUGCCCCGAUCAAGAAAUUCCUUAAAGAACCCCAUGACUUCCUCCUUUAGAAAACUCCAACUGAAUUGCCAAAACGCCAUUGAGAAACCAACAAACCAGGAGCUUUAUCUCCAUUGAGGUCCGAGAGAGCACCAAAAACCUCUUCCAUAUUGAAAGGAGCCUCUAACAUUGUUAGAUCUUCCCCUUCAAGGACCCCAACUUGCAGCUUAUUGCAUCUGGGCCUUCACUUCUCUGUUUCAGACAAAAGAGAGUGGAAAACUUGAACCACUCCUUUGAUGUCACGGUUUUCCUUUACCCAAGUCCCAUUUAUCUUAAUCUUCACCAUAGAGUUGCCUCUCUUAUGUGUAGUAGCCAUUUUGUGGAAAAAGCCAAUAUUUAUGUUUCCCUCCCGCAACCAUAACUCUUUAUACUUUUGCCUCUAAAAGGUCUCUUCCAUUAUCACCCACUUCUUGUACUUCUCCAAGCCUGCUUCUUGAGACUUUGUUCUUCUGUAGACAACACCCUGUCUCCUUCUAUAAAAUCUCAAAACACUAUCUGCUUUAAGGUCGAUUCCUUUCUAGUAGAGAUAUUUUCAAACACUUCUUUGUUCCAAGUCUUCAAGUUAGCCUUAAGCGCUUUAAGUUUUUCAGACAGAGUGAAACUAAUAGGCCCUUUGAACUGGAAACCCAUCCACCAACUCUUUAACAAAUCCUUAAAAUGGUCUUCCUUCAACCACAUAUUCUCGAAUUUGAAGGGGGAAAGACCCUUUCUCACUCCUCUAUCGUCCAACAAGAUUGGACAGUGGUCUGAAAUAGGUCUAGGAAGAAGACAUUGAACUGUCCCAUUGAAAUAGCACUCCCAAUCCUUAGAAACUAGAAAUCUAUCCAACCUUGGUUGUAAUUGAUCAUUCAAACAACCCAUCCAUGUGAAAGACCUCCUUGCAAAGGAAGAUCCCACAAUUCCAAAUCCUCAAUGACCUCCGAGAAUCUUCUCAUUGCUGAAGAUAGUCUUGAAACUCUGUUCCUCUCUUUAAAAAAUUUGACAAUAUUAUAAUCUCCUCUUAUGCACCACGAAUCUUACCACAAACCCCUGAUAGUCCCCAACUCCUCCCAAAAAUCUUCCCUAAGCCUCCCAACAGAAGGACCAUACACCCUUGUAAAAACCCAACAGAAGCCAUCCUCUACAUUACUUGCGGCUUUACCGACACUGCCGCUUCUCCUUUCUCCCUAGCCCCGAAAUGAGGCUAUUUACCUUCUCUACGACUGCCAUACCCCAAGAAUUAAGAGCGCCCCACUCCAAGAACCUACCCACCCUUAAAAACUGAACCAAACUACACGAUAGACUUUGGAUUUUGAUUUCUUGGAAACAAACCAAAUCCGCCUUUUGAGCCUUGACUACAGAUUUGAUGAUCCUUCUUUUAUUGCUAUCAUUUGCCCCUCUCACAUUCUAAGAAAAGAUUCUAAACUUCAUUUACCCACAGAAACUGAACCAUACUCUCUAGGGAGAGAACGCUUCUACUUCCUAAACUUUUAAAAUUAAUGGAACAUUCCAGCCUUCCAAGUUCCCUUUCAAACCUUGAGGAUUCAACCUUAAUCCUUUUAGACCUAGACCACUGGUCCUUUUGUUCUUUCCUCAAUUUCCAUUUCUUAAGCAAAGCUAGAAUUUCCUUCUCAAAACUUGUGGUCGACAUGCCUAGAAAGUCACUAAAUUGGGCAAGACAACACGAUUUCCACUCCUCAGCCGACUCCGACCCACACUCAAGCCGCCUCAUUAAGUUGUCCAUUUCCUAGAGGCUCGCCUCACCUACCACAACUAGAGCCCUUUCUUCCCUAGAAGAGGUCGCCGUAGAACUCCUGUAAGCCAAAAUCAUAUUUAGAGGACGAAUACUCACAUCCACUUCAACACUUUUGCCCCCAGGCCACAAACAAGACUGCAGUCCCCUUACACAACCCUUUUUCAAUGAGAUGGAGAAGAAGAAGAGAAACCUUGUACUCCCUGAAGCACCAAAGAAUAAGAAGAACGAGAGGUGUACCUUGUCACUUCAGCCUGGAGAGCCUUAUUGGUGCUUGAAAUCCAAGCUGAAGGCGACUCGAUCAUCGUUGUCGGGAUAGUCUUUACUGCACGAUCACCCCUGACGAGAAGCCCUAAAGGGCAAACCCCCCUCCCCCAAAAAAAAUGUCCUCCCUGAUAAAAGAAAGGCCACAUGCCUAGGCUCGGCCCAACCCACCAUCUUUUCCAACAGCUAGCCUACUCACCCUAUGGGCCUUUUGCAAUAAAGAUGGGCCUUCUCACAACGGCCCACUUUCCCCGUUUAUGCUCACAAUCUCCUCUAAGCAAUCCCUUCUCCUGCCAACUAAGCUUUUCCUGCCACCGCCUCCAAAUUCUUCCCCACAUGCAACAACUUUUUUAACGCAACAGUCUGAACUUUCACCAAAACGACCACUCUUCUCUCUAGGGUUUGACACAUCUUCCCUACUAGUCUGCAAUAGAGGUACACUGACCUCCUACUCUGGCGGCCCAUUGUUGCAACUCCUCGGAACAACCAUGGAAAAUUUUGGGUGGGGGACUUCCCACCACAAUUUGAUAGAAUAGCUCAAAGACCCAUCCACUAGCUACAACAAGGCGGGUAGACCUUUCCCAUUCAACCUCACUAGGAUCCUAGCCUAGUAUAAUUGAAUCUAGUUCAUUGUGCCUUUAUCCACUGUGACAAAAUCUCCACAAUAGUCCCCAACUUUAAUAAAGACUUCACGGCUCCACAAAUGCAAAAGAAGACCCAACACUCUCACCUACGCCUCCUUGCAAGACUCCUUCUUCACCUUGCACCCAGUCUCAUGUCGCCACCUUUACAAAUUGAGGAGUCUCUCCCUGAACCUCUUAAAACCUCUAGCCAACACCUUUUUUGCCUCCAUUCAAUCCUCAAAGUCAAACAUAAGUAAAGACCCCCCAAAAACAGACACUUGCAACCCAUAUCUCAAGUGCCAUGUACCCCUCGCCCAAAUAUUCAAUGCUUGAAGCUCUGAGAUUGAAAAUGGUCCCUCACCAAACUUCCCAACUAGGCACCUUCUAAGCUUCUCCUCUUUAUCUUGCACAACUCCCUCCCCAAUUUGGAGCUAAGUAGUUUCCUCCCCCAAUCCCUCAUUAUUUCUUACUGUACUCGCAUACAACAUACUCUCACUUGUUGCCUUCCCACUUCCAGCCUUCCAACUGCCCCUAUUCUCAACCGAAGAUUCCACUUUCUUUUCCCCAAAAAAGGGAACAACCCCAAGUGACGAUAUUUCUCAACCAAACACUACUACAAAAAAUGUAAUUUAUGACGCUUUUUUUCUUGACGCUUAUAUAAAGUGUCAUUAUUUAUUCUCAAAAAUGGGUAUUAAUGACGCUUGCAUUAUCUUGGCGCUUUAAUGGGAGAAAUAAUGGCGUUUUUUUAAGCGUCAUUGUACAGUGAAUUUCAAAUAAUGACGCUUUUUUAAGUGCCAUUGUAGGAGAACCUCAACCUUGGCGCUUUUAAAAGCGUCAUUUUUUGUUCAUUUUAUAAUUACUCACAUUUUUCAAUUAAAAAAAAGGAGAUAAAUGUAAUAAAGCCUUUUCCAUACCCGAUGCCCACACUCAAGUUUCAUUACCAAAUCUGUCUCUAACUGAACCAGCAAGCUCCAACCAAUUUCGAUUGAGAAAAUGAAGUUCUUACUCCAAAUCAAGAAGAUAGCAUUCAUGGAUGUUCCACCGAUUUGACUAUUUGGGUGCUGGAUUGAGAGAAAGGAAAUGAAUGGAGAUAUGAGAGAAAGCUAGGAUUUUUUUAGAUUUGUAGGUUGGGAGAGGCAAGAGGCAGCAAAGGCAGGUGCCUUCGGUUGAAGAGGUAAGCAAGGAGGAAAGGUCGAAGAACCAAAGGAACAGAGGAAAGAAAAGAAGGGAAAAGAAAAAACCCAGAAGAGAGAGUUGUCGGAAUGGAGACAAAGGAAGGAGAAAAACCCAUAAAAAGGAAGUACAGAGGGAUGACACGGAAGCAUAUGAUUAUAAAAAACAGAAGCAAGGGGGUUAAGUUGCCGGUUAAGUACAAUCUUGAUGGCAUUUUCAUAGGAGAAUCAACAGUUCAUCUAACAAGCUACUUAGGCGUGUUAGCACGCACUAUGGUGCCAAUAAGAUAUAAAACUUGGCAUGUUGUACCUAAACAGUUGAAGGAUAAGUUAUGGGACAGCAUUGAGACUGCUUUUUCAUUAAAUCAUAAAAGCAGGAGGAAUUGUAUGUUAACAAUGGGAAAAUGUUUUCGGUCCUUUAAGAACUUGCUAACAGUGAAGUACAUUCUUCCUUUCGAAGACCAACCGGAGCUCCUCAAAAGACCACCAAUUCAAUAUACUUUUAUUGAGGAUGAAGAUUGGACAAUAUUUGUCAAAGAUAGAUUGUCUGACAACUUUAAGGAAUAUCGAGAAAUUCAAAAAGAAAGAAGAAAGAGAAACAUUUAUAAUCACCAUCUAAGUAGGAAAGGAUAUGCCGGUCUUGAGGAAGAGAUGAUGGUUGCAAGUGGAUCAACUGAAACUAUUGAUCGAAGCAUAUUGUGGAAGAAAGCAAGGAAAAAAAAGGACGACACCUUUGAUGAAGUGGCCAGACCAGUAAUUGAGAAAAUAGACAAGCUAUUGAAAGAGUCUCAAGAGAAUGGUAGAAGUGUUAGUGGAAGUAAUGAUAUAUUUGUGGAAGCAUUGGGUACUCCUGAGUAUAGUGGUCGAGUUAGGGCCAAAGGGAAGCACUACACACCUCGCCAAUAUUUCAAUAGUGUUGCAGAUCGUGCUGUCAGGGAUUUCAUAGCAGCAUCUAAAGAAGAACAAAGAAUAUUUCAGGCAGAAGUGCUAGCAAAACUGUCUCAAGUAGGAACUGUUACUUCCCAAUCUGAUGUUAGCAGUUCAAACAUGAAGCAAAAACAACUUCUCCUACCAAAAGCAAUGGAUAAGUCAAUCCGUAAAGUUGAAGAUGUGACCCCACCAGAAGCAAUAGAACCACAGAAGAAGGUUAGAAAAUGUGAGCUGGCCAUAGGCACCAAGGAAAAUAUAGUGGCAGGUGGAACAAUUAUACUUGAAUGUGGUCCCAACUAUUUAGUAGUUGUUGAUGCUCCUUAUGAUUCAAGUGCACCCCUUCCCAUUCCUAUUCCUGGACAAACUACUACUGUUGGGGCUGCAAUUGGUUACCAAGUUUUGUGGCCAACUGAUUUGGUCAUCAUCCGUACUCCCAUCUUAGCAUCUAAGAAAGCAAAGAAACAAAAAGUAAAUGAAGUUGAAGUCAAAUCCAAGGGUGAAAAACCACAAGAUAUGAAAAAUUUUGAGACAUUGGUUGGCCUCAUGCUGAGUACAUCAAGAACACACCCUAUAAACUUCCCAGAUGAUGUUUUUGGUGAGAGUUUCAAGACCUUCAUGAUGAAAGAAGAUAUGGAAAUGAUAAUAUCAUCAAAAGAAGUGUCAUCCAAUUGUAUUUUAUACUAUAUCUCGCAUUUGCAUAGAAAGUUGAUUGAUGCAAAGCAGGCCGAACGAUAUGUUUUUGUCAAUCUAGCAUUGGUCUCAAAAGCUGGAAUGGGAGAGGGAAGCAAGGAAAACAUGUCAAGGGUUAUUGCAGAUCGACUAAAGAAUACAAAGCAUGCUGAAUAUAUGCUUAUUCCAUACAACCCAGAUUUCCAUUGGGUGUUAGUGGCAUUGGAGAUGAAGAAAAUGAUUGCAUAUUACCUUGAUCCAAUGGCCUGUCAACCAUGUGAUGAUCUUAAGGACAUAGUUAACAUGACAAUAAGAAUCAACCCACCGGAAAAACAGAAAACAUCAAAGAGGGAGCCAACUUGGGUGAAAGUGGUUUGCCCAAGACAAACAGGUAGUGUGGAAUGUGGGUAUUACGUGAUGAGAUAUAUGAAGGAAAUCAUUGCUAAUCCAAACCAACUAACAUCAAAGGUUUGCACUCAAUUCAAUUCAUAUGGUUGGUCAUUUUACUAUAGCAUUUUUUUUUUUUUUUGGUCAAUUGAACUUAGUGAAUUGUAUAUGUCACUCCAAUUCAGUUUUACGGGAAGAAAUCAUAUAAUUAAAUGGAAAUUAAUGAAGUUCGAUCAAAUUGGGUUAUGUUAGUGACUCAGUUAAUCAUUACUCAUGUUUGAAGGUACCUCUUAUAACUUAUAGUCUAAUGCAACUUCAUAUUCUUUUAAAGAUGUAGUCAACAUUUUGUUAAUGUUAAUUUUAUAAUGGAUUUAUUCACAAUGAUAAUUUGUUAAUGUAUAUCUUUGUGCUCCUAGUUGGCAGUGUUUUCAAUAUGGAUCAUUUUGGGGGUUGCUCUAUUAUGAUUGAUGUAUAGUUGGCAUAUUGAGAGGUGAAGCCAAGUAGACAUGGUUGUACAAAAAGGCAUAGGUCAUUCUAUUAACAACGUUACUACUGCUCUUGAUGAAGGACACCCACAAACAAUUCAAAAUAUAUCAUCAAAAGAAUUUUGAGAUUGAGCAUCUAGAAAGUGAGUUACAACCAUCCUUUUGCACUUGGAAGAAAAAUGAUGUAAAACUAGAUGUAGUGAAGGUUAUGAAAAAUUCAAAGUUGAAGAAGAAGUUGUAAAAUUGUUGGUUUUAGUUGUUGAUUAUGUAUGAUGUUUAUGGAUAAAUUGUAAUAGUGAAAAAGGAAGACCAUAUUUGAUACUUUUUGUCAAUGGAGAUUCUUAAAUUAAGUUUUCAUUAUUAAUUUAA